AUGGUGAAUGCCAAUUUCUCAAGGCCAGACCAAUCUAGGCAAAGUUUGGACUUGGGUGGCUCAGCGAAAACCGUGGUGGAAAGAAGAGCAAGGGAAAUUCCGGCGGACCCUAAGGCAGAGGGCAAGGCCAAGAUGCAUCUAGAUGUGGCCCAGGCUUCCGAGCAAAAAGAACCGACCAAAGAAAAACCUGCAAAAGCAUCUGUGCUAUGUAGUUGGUGCCAAUACGAGGUAACUCUCAAGGUGGUUUCGCCAAAGACCAAGGAAACAACCAAGGAGCCAAGUAGGGAGCCAAUCAAGGAUGAAGUCCAAGUGGGCAGACCAAGGAGUUCUGGAAGAAAUAUGAUCACAAGUUCGGCCGAGAAUUACAACCCACAUAGCCCUAAGGGCAGGAUGGGAGUAAGGCUGAACAAAGGGCCAUUACAUGAAUACCAAGAUAGGCACGAAAGGCCACGAUAUCAGCCUAAGAGGAGAAAUCAACAUGUGCCAUUGAGGUAUGAAGAGAUUGAUCCGCUGAAUCCCAGCCAAGAUAGAAGCAUGUGGAUUCCGAUGGGCAAGGGCAAAAAUCGAGAUGUGGCUUAUGUAUCAAGACCUCACCCAGCAGAUGGUAAUGGUGUUCCAACUUUCAAAAUGUCAAACACUAAGGCAGACUCAUCAAGCAAAGCUGCUGGGAGCAAGUUCCAAGCCAGAGACGCCCAAAGAACUAAGGAAUGCUGGCCUGCACCCUGUCAAAAGCACCCCUUGGACCAGCAUAUAUUUUCACUUCUUUUCCUUCAUCAGAUUCAGCCAAGGAAGAGGAAAGGAAAGAAGAAAAAACAGCAAACCAAGAGUGGAAGCUCCCACUGCACAGCUGCGGGAAAGGAGGAUGUUGAGCCCCCAAAUCCCCUGAAUUCAUGA